ACUUCAUGAACUUGGUGCGUCAAAAUUGUCUUCUUCAGAUUCGCUCAAAUCCAAAUUUUAAUACCAAGGAUGCAUAAGUACCUAACCAUGUGAAGAGCUACAUUGUAUAUGAUCAAAAUAUAAGAAACCACGUUCCACCCUGUAUAUCACCGAUAUAAAUGAAUCCGGACGUUAAAGCAUUCGAGUAGAACACACAUGUAGUAAACAACUGAGAUCAAGUACAAGACAAUUUAUACUUUUAAGCACCCGGAGUCAAUGCACGAUAAAAGGUACUUACAAAGUGAAUAGGUACAUCUGACAAAGUCAGUAAGUACUACAGACGUGAUCGCUAUUGGAUAGGAUUGUAAGAUAAAUGGCAUGCUACAGAAAAUUCCGCGGGUUAUGUACUGUGUGGUGUUCUGUUGAAAUACUUUUAUUCUCUGGAAUUAUAUACGGAUGGAGUUCUCUCGUUUUUAUAUUUACAAACGAAGGAUUUUAUGCAGAUCUCUGUAAGAAAAAUCAAUUGAUUACUGAUGCUGAAAUUAACUUCACGCAUGGAGAGAAUGUAUCAGGUAUUUAUAGUGGUGACUAUAGUAACAAUAUAACAUUAUUUGAUUCUAACGAAGAAGAAUAUAAAGACUGCACAGAUCAAGAGAGUCGUCUUGGGCUCUUUUUUUCCAUUGGUGUUGGUUUUACUUGGGCAGGAAUGGCCGUUCUCGGACCAAUGACAAAAGCACUUGGAACACGUUUUACCCGGAUUGUAAUUUUAUUGGUAUACGAGAUUGGACUCUUUUGUCUUGCAUUUACAACAACAGAAACAUCCUGGUUAAUAUGUCCAGGUCUUUGUUGUAUUGGAGUUGCUGGCCUUGCUCACUUUGCUAGUAAUAUACAAGUAGCGAAUCUCUUCCAGGGAUUCUCAUCAACCAUUGUAGCGUUAUUCUGUGGACUCUUCGACAGUUCGUCAGUUAUUUUACAAGUAGUCAAGAUUGCAUAUGGACUAGGAAUAGGACGCAGGGAGUCUUUCCUAUUUUUGGCUUGCCUGUAUCUUGUAAUGAUUGGAACGAGCACUUUCUUUAUAUUACCAAAAUGUUACAUUACCAACAAUGAGAAGCUGGAUGAAGUUGAGAUCUGUGUUACCUCUGACAGCGUUCUUCAGUACACUGAAAUACAAAGAACUGAUAAACCAUCUAUUGUGACAAAAACUAGCCCUAAGAAAGGUGUAUUGUCUUACAUGAAAUCUAUGACAUAUAUAUCACAUGUCUGUUGGAUGACGGUUCACUGUCUGCUUUUCUCUACAUUCCUGAAUUUACUGUAUAUCAGAAUAGAUAAAUUAGCUAAUGGCGAAGUAUCUACAGUUAGUUACUACGUUGGUGUAUUUGCCUAUACAACAAUGGGAUCAGGGAUAGGAUCAGUAGUUGCUGGUCUAAUCUACGAUGCUGAAAGGAGAAGAUAUUCAGACUUUUCAAAAACUGAGAAGAAAUGGAAGCCAGUUGUUAUACCAAUGACUGCAUGUGGAAUGUUCAUAGCAGCCGUAUUCAGCUUUUUGCUUGUGGAAAAUAUAAGUUUUUUGUUUCCUAGUUUCGUUUUGUUCACACUAUUCCGUAAUUUUCUCUUUUCCAUUGGAGUAGCAUUUGUAAAUGAAGCAUUUCCUUCCGAAUAUUUUGGACCUCUGUAUGGAUUUAUGACUUUUAUAAAUGGAGUGUUUUCAUUAACGCAAUAUGGAUUAGUCAAGUGGGCUGUAUCCUCUCAAAGUGGAUGUCAACAGGUAUAUAUUACUUUGAUCAUUCUGGCAUCAGUUACAUUCCUACAUCCGCUACAGUUAUGGAUAAGGUCCAACAAAAUGAAGAAAUUACCACAAAUGACACAUAAAAGUGAUGAGGCAGUUCCUUUACAAGAUAAGUCUUGACUCGAGCUUUAUGACGAUACAUAUCAGAUCUGGGAUUAUUUAAUAUUCAGCUGAAAAGGAGGAAUGAAAAGUUUUGUAAUUGUAUUUUUGUCAACGACGAACGCAUCAGAGCAAGCAACGUUGUAUCUCGUCUGUCCGUCCGUUCGGCAUAUAUAUGCAAUAGUGCCUUCAGUGAUAUUUUCUAUCUUUAUAAAUUAUCAAAGUAAUUGUCUUGGUGUCUAUAUAUACUCUUUGAUAACCACGUGGUUAGUAAAACCUUUUCUUGACAUGUCGCAUAACAUGCAAACAUGGCUUAUCAUGUUUAUUUUAUAGUAGAUUUGAAAUGUAAUGUCAAUGGUAUAUAUACUGGUAGUUUAUAAUGUGAUAUUCAGUCUUUCAUGCCAUUUGUUGAUCUGUGUAUAUAAAAAUUGUUUCUUAUGUUUAAAAUAUGAUUUUGUACCGAAAUAAAGUAUAUGAUAAACUU